UUAACCACAGUCAUAAUUGGCUUGCUGAGUUUGACAUUUGCUCUUCGCUAUACGUCAGGAAAAAAGGUGCAUCCAAGCGAGCCAACCGUGGUUCAGCCAUGGAUUCCUCUCAUAGGUCACUUGUUGGGCAUGGCGGUGCAUGGCGGCCGCUAUAUCAAGCGUCUUGGGUUAGAAUGGGCUCUCGAUUCUGAUACAUUGUGCGACCCGAUUCUGACUCUACCCGUCCCGGGGUCUCGUAUAUAUGUCGUUACGGAGCCGUCAUUGGCCGCCAGCGUUCAGCGCAAUACCAAGACAUUGUCAAUGUCUCCUCUGCUGCCGGAUAUAACCAAGCGCGUCCUCGGAUUGGAUGAGACAACGUAUCGCGUAAUUGGCCAAAACCUGGAUCCAGAACCGGGGGAGCCACGGGGAUUUUUUGCCGACAUCCAUGACUGGGUUUAUUCUUCCUUUGGACCGGGUGAAUAUGUGAAUACAUUAAGCUGUGAAGCCGCACAAGAAUUGUGCUUCCAGCUCUCUCGAGCACUUGCCCCCCCUGAUGAUACGACCCGUGCCCCUGAGUCUGUUGAUCUUUUGGCUUGGGUUCGUGGUAUGGUUACUGUUGGCACCGCAAAGUUCCUUUUUGGACCUAAUAAUCCUAUCUCAGAGGAGCCUGCCUUGGAGCAUGAUUUCUGGGCAUUCGACCACGGCCUUGGUGGGUUGCUUAUUGGAAUCUUGCCAUCUCUCACGGUUCCCAAAGCAUACAAGGGCCGAGAGAAGUUGACGGCUGCGUUCCGCAAGUAUUUAGAAGCCGGCCAUCUAGAUUCAGCGGCGUUGAUUGUUAGGGGUAGAGCGCGGAUCGAGAAGGAAUAUGGCAUGAGUACGGAUAUGACAGCCCGCUCGGCUUUGUCGUUCCUUUUUGCAGGGAUUGUAAACGCGACGACUACAACUUUCUGGGUAAUAUUGAGAAUCUUUGCAGACCAACAACUGCUUGACAUAGUGCGCCAAGAGAUUCGUCAAGCGCUUGAACUUAGUAACCAGCGCUCUGGGCCGAAUUCGCUGAGCACUGGAGUAGUCAAAGAAACCUGCAAAACGCUAUCUGCCGUCUACAGAGAGUCUCUACGAGUCGGAUCGGAGAAUUUCUCUGUUCGGAUGAUCAAAGAGGACACGAUGCUGGCAGACCGAUACUUCCUGAAAAAAGGCGCUGUUGUUCAGAUAUCCGGCGGAGCUAUUCAUGCUAUGAGCAACAUCUGGGGCCCGGACGUUGACGAGUUUAACCCUGGCAGAUUUCUCAAGGACAAAGGCAAGAGUGAUGGCUUUCAUCCAGCAGCGUUUCGGAGCUUUGGUGGUGGCAAGACUCUAUGCCCUGGUCGUGACUUUGCCACUAAUGAGAUUCUGAUGUUUGCCGCCAUGAUUAUCCAUGCGGUUGACAUCGUUGCCCCAGAUGGGGGC